AUGGACAGCCUCUUCCUCGAGCUGCUCCAGCCACGCGAGCCACUACCUCCGUCGCUCCAUGGCUCUGUCCCGUCGCGCCUGACCCUCGCCCGGCUGGUGGUUCGUGUGGCCACCUCGGCGUGGACAGCACCGUGCGGGACGGUUCCAGAGACCUCGCUACGGGCAACUUUGGAGCAUGCAGCCUCACAUCUGCCGCAGGCUUUGGUUGCUGUGGACUUGCUGGCGCCAGCAGAAGGCGUUGUGGCCGACCUCGCCGCCCUGUUGGUCACCCCGCUCCGACCGGACUCGCCGCGCACGGCAUGGGUCCACAUCGCCCUGGCCUCACUCCUUGCAUCGGCGGCAGCAUGCGCAGAGACGUGCUUGGAAGCCGCGCGCCCGCGGGCGGCGCAGGGUUUUCUAUCGCUCGUCGAGCGGUAUGCCGGCUACGCCGACCGCACGCCAGAGGUGGUGGCCCUCGAGGCGGGAGUGCAGAAGCGGCUCGGCGACAUCGAGAUCGCGCUCUUCGACACACCGCAAGACACGCCGGGUGCCCGCGAUGAGCCUCUCUUUCCCAGACUCGAGCAGCUUCGAGCCAACUCGCCGUUUGAGGCCCUGCCACCGCUCCCAGCCUAUACCCGCAUCGCCAUCCGGUAUGCUGAGGCUGAGCGCCAGGCGACCGAGCAUGCCGCCCAGCGCCGCCACCAGGUAGCGCUCCUCCGCAAUGCCGGCAUGUUUGAGCUCUUCCACACCGACGCGUUUGACGUCGGGCUUUGGCCUGCCCGUCUCCAUCGCGCGAGGCAGAACGUCGGCGAGCUGACGUUGGCAGCGGCGGCAGACGAGCUGCUCGCCCUCGCGGAGCGCACGUAUCUGGCUCAGGCCUUUGACCUCGCGGUAGCGUUUGGGGCGCUGGCGUUUGAGGCUGGUAUGGGCGGGGACGACGCGUGCUGGGGGCACGCCUUUCGGGCCCACGAGCUGCUUGCUGCUGCCGUCCGCGCGGCGCUUGAUCCGAGCUCGUUUCGGCUGCAGUACUCCGAGUCGCUGCCGCCCCUGGAGCUGCCGUGGGCCGAGGCACGGGAGGGCCUGGCAGCGUCGCGCGAGAGUGUGGCAGACGCACCGUGGCUUGACCCGUCCAUCCACGCCACCCAGCUGCUUGAUGUCCACCUGCAGACUAGCGACCACCGGGUCGAGCUAUUCCGAGCGCUCAUUGCCGACGCGCUCGCCAGCUUUGCCAUUUUACACGGGGUGUGUGAGGCAACGCCGUGGUUUGAGGAGGCUGUUCGAUCACGGUUGACGGGUGCGUCUGCAGAGGUCUCGGCGGUGAGCUCGGCCAAGACUGCGGCGGUGCCGGAGAGCGUCGGCGCGCCGCAGCACGAGGUCGAGGCCGAGGCCGAGGUCUCAGCUCGUAUCGAGGCCGAGCUCAAGGCAGAGUACCUUACCGAGCUAGAGGCCUGGUUCGAGGUCUUUGUCACUGCACUCGAGCUCAAGGUCAUUGCGCUCGGCGAGACGUCGCCCAACGCCAACUCGGAACGGUGGUCACGCGGCUUUUGCUUUGACGACGGCGGCAACACGCCGCUGGUCAAGGAUCCCAAACUCAUCCAAACGCCUGAGGGCAUGGUAAGCCUUCUCUGGCCGCCCGGCUCCUACGUGCCGGACCUCAUGCUUGUUGGUGCGCUGCCGGACGCCGGGUUUCUCUUUGGCGACGUCGAUCUGUACGACGAGUUCCACACGCGAAUGAGGGCGCUUCUGGCCACGCCGCAUCCGACGCUCCGCGGCACGCUUGGUCAGGUCUAUGGUGCUGUAUUGCUGAAGGAGGCCCUCGGCGAGGGCUUUAAGCCCAAGUUCCUCUCCAGCGCCACGCCUCUGCUUGACGUCAAGCAGUCGAUGUAUCGGUUCUGCUCGCUGGUUGUUUCGGGCAUGGUCCGGCUCUUUGCGCGAGUGAUCACGACGUCAAACGCUCGGCGGCCGGCGUACAUCUCGCACCGGGUCCGAGUCCGGUCGCUGGUCGCGGACCGCGCGCUCGACGCCAUCAUCGGGCGGGCACUGUUGAUGGGCAUUGCGCUCGCUGCGCACCUCCGCAACAAGGCUCAGGCGUUGGCCGGCACCGAGGCCAAUGUGGUGUACGCGAGCGAGGAUGCUGUCCCGGCGGGGACCCGAGGCUACGUCGUGCCGCCCGGGGCGGUCGAGACCCUCGCACGGGUGUACCACGCGCACGUCGAGCCGGCUUGGCAGGCUGCUGUCGAUUUCCACGACCAGCUGCUCGAGCUUGGCAUCGGGCAAGUGGCCAGCGGCGCGCUCCACGAGGUAGCGUGGGAGUCGGGCGGUGGCGACGACACUGGGCUGCAGGUCUCUGCGCCUGUGCGGUUCCAACUCGCGCUGUCGGACACAUCGCGGUUCGCGGAGGCUCAGGCCGAGCACGUGCUUGACCACGUAAGCGAGCGGUCUGAGCUUGGUACGCUCCUUCAUGCACUCUCGCAUACACUGCUGAGCAUUUCGACAGCGGAGCCACCACGAGCGGUGGGAGGCGGUGGGCGGCGGGCUGAGGCGUCUGCUGCGGUCCACGUCUCGACCUGGCCGCUGGAGAGCAGCGGCGGCAACGGGCCGCCAGUGGUGGUGGAGCACGGCGUGGCGGCGUGGUGGACAGCUGUGCUUGCGUUUUCGCGAUCGAUCGACAUCCGGUCGCGACGGUACCGGCUCCGCGUGUACCGGGAGUGCUUUGUGGGCAACGAGGCGGUGCGGCUGCUGAAGGCGACGUUCCCCGAUGUCAACACAACCGGGCAGGCGCUGGCGGUGGGCAACACCAUGAUGCGCGAGGGCGUGUUCAGCCAUGUGGUCGACAAGAAGCAGGUCUUCCGCGACGGCCACUUUUUCUACCGCUUCUCCAAGGACCUUGAUCUGGCUGCGAUCGCGGCCAAGGCUCGGAGAGAGGAGCGGGACAGCCACAGCUCGCAUCGGACGUCAACCGGGCUUGAUGCGGCGCUGCUGCAGCAGCUCUCGCCGCUCAUUGCGUGGAUUGUCGACGCCGACCACACGCCGUGGCAGCUGCUCACCUCUGCUGGCCACGAGCCUGCGGCAGCCGUCGAGUCCCCUAAUGUCCUUGAUUCUGUGGUUGUCUCGGGCCUCUGGGGUCACGUGGCGGCACUCGACGCAUGGUAUCAGGCGUUGGUGACGUCCAAAGCCUUUCCGUCCGGCACCGCUGCACUCAAGGAGAAGCUCUGCACUGUGUGCCGGGCGCUAGCGGCGCACUUUACGGUCGCGGCUGAGAGCAUGGGUGAGGUUGUAGCGACGCUUCGGACGCAGCCGGGCGAGUCAGUCGAAGCGCAAGCUGCGAUGGCGGUGGCGCGGGAUGCGGUGCAGCCACACGUGGUGGUGCAUGGUGUGACAAGUGGCGUGAGGGUACUGCGGGCGGGGGGCGACCAGACGCUAGUCGAGGCUGCGGUGCAGGGCAAGCUUGCGCUGAAGCCCAUCCAGGCCUCGCCCGGAUUUACGUAUGCGAUGCAGCUGUUCAUUCCGCUCACGAUUGCGGGCGGGGCAGCGCUGGACGAGCGAGUGCUGGCGGACCUUGUCAAGGUGCAGCCGCGGCACAACGCGAUGCGGAUGAGCCCGAGCCGGGCGCAGGCGAGUGACCUCUUUCAUGUUUUUGCCAAGUACCCGGGCGAGGAGUCUCUGCGCGCUGUACUGGAAGCGCGGCCUCACGGCGAUGACGUGCUCUCGACCUCGUGGCUGCCGUGGCAGUACACGACGGCGUUCCUGCGGACAACGCUGAUGCAGCCGUCGUCGGCGUCUGCAGACGCGUACAAGGUGCGGUACAUGAAGCGAGCCGAUGGGAGCAAAGUGCCGAUUGCGCUUCCGGUGGCGCACUCGAACUUGUUUGCCGCCGACGCGUUUGGAUGGGCAGCAUCGCUCGGGCAGCGGCGCACGCUCUCGAUUGCGCUCUGCUUUGACCAGAUGCUGGCUCCGAUGGACGAGGAGGCUAUGAAGGCGUUCAUGGACCGGCGGCCGCAGACGGUCAUCUCGAUGUGGCUUGCGGCCAUGGACCGAUAUAAUCGGCGGAUCGAGGCCAUGUUUACACUCUCGGAGCUCGACGACCUGUUUGCCGGCGGCGACGGGUCGCUGCUGCCGUUUUUCGUGCCUGCGGACCUUGUGCAGAACUUGUAUGAUCGGUAUGUACACAUGCAGGCACUGCUUGCGUCUGCCGUGGACGCCGGGGCGCCACUGACGCACCUCGAGCUGCUUCUUGCGAUUGAUCCGGACAUCGGUGCCAUGUACCGCGAGGUGCUUGAGAGCGCACCAGGACCGCUGGCGCGGUAUGCGGCGGCGGAGAAGAGGAUGGCAGCGGCAGCAGCGGCGGUGCGUGUCCGGGCAAACUCAACAAGCCCGCGCGGAGCGCCUGCGUCUGCAUGGGGCAAGUCGCGGCUCUCGAGCGUGUCGGCGUUUGUGGCUGACGGGCGGAUGGAGCCGCAGGCGGUGCUGGGCAGCUUGCAGUUUGACAGCGCCGAGUCAUCACAGAUGGCGCUCGCUGGCGCGCGCGACUCGCUGGUGUACGGCAACGGGAGCGAGUUUGCGGCGCUGGGCGAGCUGGGUGCCAAGGAGAACGUGGUGCGGCUGGUCCCGUUUGCCAACCUCUCGCCUGGCGAGCAGGUCCGUGUGCUGGAGAAUGUGCGCGAUACGCCGUUCCGGCUGGCAGCGAUUCUGGAGCACACGCCGCAUCUGGAGCUUCUGGACGUCUCGUUCUCGAGCGGGCUUGUCUCGCCGACCGGCUCGUUGACGGAGAUGCCCAAGCUGCACACGCUCGUUCUACGUGGGGUGACAACGCUUGCUGCGCUGGAGCAGAGGUCGCGGCGGUCGCGUUACCUACCUGCCCUCGCGCGGCUGGAUGUGCGCGGAUGCGGGGCGCUGAAGAUGUUGGACAUUCCCAAGUUCCCGCUCUCGAUCCGGAUCGACCCGUCGGGGCUGGCCAACAUGGAACGAGUGCGGGUAGCCGGAGUCGAGUGGACGCUCGCGGUGUGCCUGGUGAUCAACACGCUCAACAACACGCAGGCAGACACGUUGCAGCUGGAGGAUGUGAGCGGCGUGUCUGCGGCUGAGGUGCAGAGCCUUGUGGGCGUGGUCUCCAAGUCGCAGUUUGUCAACGCACUGAUGCUCAACCGGGUGAGCUUUGCCGGCGGCGCCGGCAACUUGAUCCCGCAGCUGAUGCGGAGCGCAAACGCGCUCAAGUGCGUGACCAUUUCCGGGUGCCGUGGGGUGGAACUUGCGGCAGUUGUGGCGGCUGCGACCGAAAGCGCGCAUCUUCGCCAGCUCACACUGAGCGAGUUUGACUUUGCGGCCGGCGGCGGGGCGCUGGUGCGGCAGUUUGAUGCCAUGCUGCAGGCGCGGUCGAGCCUGCGUGCGCUGACGCUGCGUGGGUGUGGGCUCAAUGGGUGCAGCAGGGUGCUCGCGGCGCUAGGACGGGUGCUUAACCGGCGCGGCGGGGGGCUCUCAUCGCUGGAUCUGAGCGACAACGGAAUCUCGGGUCUCGGGCUCGCGGAGGUCAUCUCGGGCCUGCUUGGGGGUGGCGAGGCGUCGGCGAUGGGCGCACUGGGCAUGAUGCUGGGCUCUGCCAUGUCGCGGGUGGGUGUAGGCGGGCGCAAGGUGAGCGGGGGUGGAAACUCUGGAGCUGUACACGGCACGUCGCUGACAACGCUUGUGCUCGACGGCAACGCGCUGGGAGGGCGCGAUCUUGGGGCGCUAGGCGGGGCGCUGGCGGCCAACUGCUCACUCACGGCGCUCUCCCUCAGCCGCAAUCCGAUCGGGGAGCAUAUGGCGUCGUUUGCGCGUGGGCUCUCGGGCAACACGCGGCUGACGACGCUCGAGCUCGACUCUGCGCAGCUUGGCGACGCCGGGGCGCUUGCGCUCGCCACGGCGCUCGCGGGCAACCGCGCGCUGCGGUGGCUCUCAUUGCAGGCGAACCGAAUCUCUGCCGAUGCUGGAGCCGAGGUUGUGGCCGCGCUUGUCUUUGUCACCCACCUCAAUCUCGCGUUCAACGGGUGGGGCGAGGAAGAGAUGUUUGAGGCGCUGGCGGUGGUUGCCGCGCGGGUGAGCAGCGCAGGUGCCGAGUCUGACGACGACGACGUGUCUGAGGCAUCUGACCCGGUCAGCGAGGGUGAGACUGGUAGCAGUAGCAGCGCACAGGCACCGAGCAGCGACCGCAAGCGGACAGUGUUUGUGGGAGAGUCCGCCGUGGUCGAGCUCCCGUGGGGCGUGGCGCAGCAAAAACCUGCGAAGAGUAGUUCCCAGAAGGAAUGA